ACGUCCUCCUCUUUCCUCACAAGUCGUCCUGAAGCUGCCUGUGUGGUAAGAAGCUUCUCUGGAGGAGACGUGUUGCAGAGCUGCUGAUGUCCUGAAGGACGUUUAAAGUCUCUCUUAGUCUGACAGGAAGAUGAAGAUGUUGCUGGUCAUGGUCCUCCUCCUGCACGUUUCCCAGCAUGCCCUGGCUGGGGUGGUGGAGGUGAAUGAGGGGGCGGAGUCAGUCCUUCUGCCCUGUGUGUACCGUGGUUUUCUACCUGAAGAAAACCCCAAAGUCAUGUGGACUCGCAGCGAUCUCAGUCCCAGAUUUGUCCACCAGAGAGGAGAAGAAGGUGAUCUGGAAGAACAGAACCAGCGUUACAGAGGACGGACGUCAAUGAAACCUGAUGCUUUAGACUCUUCAGACUUCAGUCUCAGUCUGAGAAAACCACAUCUGUCUGACAGCAGCAUCUACACCUGCUCCUUCACUGAUGGAGUACGAGAACGAAGAGUCACGGAUGUUGAGCUGAAGGUGAAAGAGUUCUCCAGAAGGCAGGACGGAGACCGGGGUGUGUCCAGGGUGUGUCAGGUCCUUAAUAAUACAGCUGGCUUUCUGCUGGAGUCCACCAGUGGAGAUGUCUCUGAGGGGGACAUGUGGUCUCUGUCUCCUCUCUGGUCCUCUCACCACCUGCUGGAGGUCUUUACUGUCCUCUGCUGAGCAGCUGGUGAUCCACACCGUGCAGAAGUAGA